UCACCAACGUGACAAGGGUCUAUAUAUAAGACUGGUCUUGUCGAGUUUUCAUUAGUGUCUGUUACCUUGACAAGCGAAUACGUUCAUUCACUGAUAUGUCUUACCGUAUGUGCAAUAGUUCACUUUGAAUUACUCAGUUUAGUGUUCAUUUUCUGGAUUAUUUGGUUUUACAUUAUCUAACACUGAAAGAAAAAUGAAGCGAUCCAAAAGCACCUCGCCGAGAAACAGCUUCACUUUACGACAUUCUAGCUCAACAUGGAGUAUAAUGUCUACAAAACGAAAGAGGAAGGCGUCACCCACCCUGACACGUCAAGCAUCUACUUCAGAAAAUCUUUUAGCAGACAUCAACAAACUCGAUUCCAAGGGAAGAAGUCUGCUGUUCCUGGCCGCUAGGUGUGACCAACCGGAAGUCGCUGUCCAGCUUCUGGCAGCUGGAUGUGAUGCAAACCUUGCCGAUAGUGAGGGCAAUACGCCACUGCACGAAGCAGCAGAGUGUGGGCAUAAAGAGGUUGUCCACAUUCUACUUCAUAAUGGGCAGUGUGACAUAGAUGCCAAGAACGUUCUUGGUCAGACUCCAGUCAUGCGUGCAGUGUUCAACGACAACCAGGAGGUCGUCAAAGUGCUCGUAAAAGCAGGGUCGGAUCUUCACCAUGUGGAUCAUCUGGGGAAAUCGGCACUGAUGAUUGGGCUUCAGGAGGGGGCAGAGAAAUCAUGCCUCUAUCUCAUCAAAGCCGGCAGUGACGUCAAUCGCACUGACCACGAAGGUCGUUCUGUUCUAUUUUAUGCUGUACAUUCAUCAUACCUACACACGCUGAACGUGGCCAAAAAGCUUUUUAAGACAGGCUGUGAUAUAAUAAAGAACGCCUCAUGGUUGGUUGAAUCAAAGAGCGAUGAAAACUGCCUAUUACAAGAGGAUCCAAAAUUCCAUUCAUUGCUUUUAUCCAAAGUUGGCAUCAAAGAAAAACACAAGAAACAUCAUUUGAUUUCUUCUUUGAAAUGCACUUUCCAGGGACGUUCACAUAAAGACAAUAACAAGGAUGGUGGUAGUGUGACGUCAUGACUGUGAUUUUUUUUUGAUUUUUUUUUUUUUAUAAAUGAACUUUAUUUUCUUCUUUUAUAUUAUAUGAACAUUGUGAGAAGAAGAAAAGUAAUUUUGCUUUACCCAAGGUUUUGUUCAUGAAUUGUGAUGGAAAUGCACUUUUCGAUUUCGAUAUUCAUGUGCUUGCAUAAUAAUUGUGUGCUGUAUUUCGCAUCGCUAGAUAAUGAGCAAUAGCGUAAAUCCAAUAUUUUCUUACAAAUAUUUGUAUUUAAAUACUAUAUAUUUGAAAUAAAGAAUAUGUACAAUUUA